UAAAUUAUUGUCUGAACUUCUUCCAUUCACCAAUGACGAAAGAGAAGAAAAAGGAUAAUGUCAGAUUUAUGGAUGUCGAGUUCAACGUAUCGAUGCAUUGCAACGAAUGCGAGAGAAAAAUCGCCAGAGUUAUCUCUAAAUUCAAAGGAGUUGAAACAUUUACGACGGAUAUGAAUGGUCACAAGGUUGUGGUCACGGGAAGGCUUGAUCCAAAAAAGUUGUUGAAGAAACUCAGGAAGAAGACAGGCAAGAGAGUGAAGAUUGUAGCGAAGGAUGAUAAAGAUGACGAAUCUAGUAAGUACGCCGAGGACGAAAACGUUCUCGUGAUUGAUAUGGAACUGAUCGGUUUAGGAGAUGAGCAGGUCCUUGGGUAUAAUGAUAGGGAGUUAGAGAAGUUUAUGUGGUUUAGCGAUGAGAAUCCAAAAUCCAUAUGUUGUAUCUCUUAACGAAGUUGAAACUAUAAAUAAUCACACACAAAAACAUUCUUAGAAUAUGGAACGAAUUGGUUUGGAGAAAGUGUAUUCUUUUACUUUAACUUCUUUGUUGGAUGUCAAAAGCCGGUCCAAUUCAUGGCUUCAAGAAGACUAUUACGUUAAAGUCUGGCCAGGGGCAUUCAAUAUCCUAGGUCUCAUUCAGGUUUAUAUAUGUUUGGGUUGGGUUUCGUUGGUAAUACUCCGGGUUCAGGUACGUUUUAUAACUCUGCUUAAAGACUCAUUUUAGAUUUAAA